UCAGAAUCCAACCACCAAGGCAGAACAGAGCGCCAGGUGCAUGAAGAUUUUCUCCAAGGACCAAUGCGAUUCGAGAUGCAGGCUGGAAUGCUCCUACCACUGCUGCUGCUGCUGCUGUUGCCAACUGCCCAAGUCUGGGCCAUGCCUGUGGACAGUGGCCUUGACUGGACCCAGUGCCAGCAGCUCUCCCAGCAGCUCUGCACGCUGGCCUGGAAUGCACAUCCGCUAGGGGCACAUGUGGUGAGUGACUCUGUGUUAGUGGGACCUCCAAGCCCCAAGGCUGUGAGAGGCAUCACUUUUGGCCUUAGGGGGAAGGCAGAGGGAGGGUUCAAGGUCAUCUGGGAGUUGGAGGUGGGGUUCCUGGGAGACUCACUGAAGUGCCAAUCCAGAUGGGGCUCCGAGGUUCUUAUUGUCUCUAUUUCUUCCCUAUUCCUUCUUUCGUCCCAGGACCUAAGAGAAGAGGGCGAUGAAGAGACUUCCGGUGAUAUUGUCCCCCGUAUCCAGUGUGAGGAUGGCUGUGACCCCCAAGGACUCAGGGACAACACUCAGUCCUGCCUGCGGAGGAUCCGUCAAGGUCUCAGGUUUUACGAAAAGUUGCUGGGCUCGGACAUAUUCAUAGGGGAGCCGGAUCUAUUCCCUGAUGGCCCCGUGGGUCAGCUUCAUGCCUCACUCCUGGGCCUUAGCCAACUUCUUCAGCCCAAGGAUCGCCAUCAGGAGACUCACCCAACCACAAGCCUCAGUCAGAGCCAACCAUGGCAGCGCCCCCUUCUCCGCUUCAAGAUCCUGCGCAGCCUACAGGCCUUUCUGGCUGUGGCUGCUCGGGUCUUUGCUCAUGGGGCGGCCACCCUGAGCCCCUAGAGCCACCAGCCCAAGGAUGGCACCCUGUGCUCUCAGCUUGGCAGUGCUGAUGCUGCUGACCUGUGACUAAGCUGAGUAUUUAUUAGGUGGGAGGGGAGACUUUGGGAUUAUUUAUUAUCAUGGGAGCAGCUUGUGGGGGAUUAUUUAUUAUAUUUAUGCUUUUUAAUAAAGACUUAUUUAUGUGGCUAUGGGGUAUAGCUUCUACUCUCGGUUGGGAACCAAGGGCCAGGGGAGUAUGAUACAUCCCUUGCGUCUCCCCUGAAGGGCUCAAGGCCUCAGGAGUCCCUGGCACAAAUGGGCAUCUUCGUGGUGUAAACUGCUGUGUGGCUGAGCAAAUAGAAGGGGAUCACAACAGUUCUGAGAUGACACAGUGGGGGUACACCUGGGGGUCUCUUGCUCCUUGAGACACUGGCUCCCCAGCUCUCCUGGCUGAAGACAGGAGCCCUAAACACUGUAGCAUCCAAGGUC